AUGAAUCGACACAAUGGCCGUUUACCACCUGGUGGACAUCCACCCCAUGAUCUGGACUUCGAGCCGUCUUGUGUAGUUCGAUCCCCAUCUGGUAAUGUCUACAUUCCAUCAGAUGUUACAAAAGGAACUUUAGACUACAAAUCAAACUCCUCUUGUAGUAGUCCAUCCAAAGUAGAAAUUCAAAAGAACACAGAUAGGUGUUCAUUAGGAUUUGGUCCUCCAGUUCCCGUUUUACCUGUCAGAAAUAACAUUAGAAGGCCAAACUCAAAUCAUCAUUUUCCUCCUCCUCGGUUUCAAUUUCAGAAAAGUUUGACUUCCAGAUGUUCAUGGAAGUGUACAGCAAUAGUUUUUAUCAUUCUCUCAUUAGUUUUAAUCGCUGCACUCACAUAUUUGGCUGCAUCUAAUAUUUUACAUUGGUCAUACAGUAAAACUACAUGUUCUGUAUUGGUGGAUGAAGAAUCAAAUGGCAAUGUUAAUUCACAGCCUGAAAAUGGUAACAAGAAUAUAUCCCGACAUAGACCUUCAAUGUCAACGUCAUCAUCUGGAGGUAGGGAGCACAAGAACCAGUUCAUUGGAGCAAGGCACCGUAGAGAUGUGGCCUUGCAUGAACCCAGUAUUUUGCAUGAAAUAGAGCAUGAAAUUAGUAUUGAAAACUCUGGUGGAUAUUUCAUUGGUACUAACAACGGCACAAGUGUUUUGAAAUCUCCAAAAGAAGUAUUAUCAGAUGAUAAAAAUCAUUCUUAUAAUUUAAAAAAACAAAAAUUAUCUGUUCCACAUAAUGUGAAAAAAGGCAAACUAGAUGAAGGUAGAAAAACAUAUAUUAGUAGAGAGGAUGAAUUUUACCAAAGAAUUGGAUUGCAGCAAUAUCUGCUUAAUGGUGGUAUAUCAGAACAUGUUUUGUUUAAUGGUGUUUCUUCUUAUAAUAGUAGAAAACAAAAAGAGAUGGCUUUCUCAUCAUCUCAAAAUGAAUUAUCUAAUAAUCAAAUCAUUUUAAAAAAAAAAGGUGUUUUACAAAAUCUUAAUCAAAAUAAUGAUGUAUUUAAUAACAUUGAAAAAAAAGUUAAUUCAUCUCAAAAAGAACAAAAAUCAAUUAAUAAUUACUCUUCGGUUUUCCCUACUAAUGAAAAAUCACAAGUUUAUGAUAACUUGUCCAUAAAAGAAAUCACAGAUAGUAAAGAACCUAAAAAUGAUAAUUCAGUAGUAAGGAAAAUACGGGACCAGUCUCAGGGUUGGUAUUACAGCAAUCAUGAUGACACUUUGGAUGAACUUAGUGAGAUAAUACUUUUAAAUUCUUCUGAAAAAGCUUUAAGUAAAAAAAAAACCAGUAAUGAAAUGUUCAACAAAAAAAAAGUUUUAGAACCAGAAAACAUUUUAUCAUCUACACCUAAUCCCAGAGAUGAUAUAAAAGUUAAUCUACCUUCAACAGAAUUUAAUAUAUCUAAUCAUUCAUCCCAGAAUAAUAUUUUUAUUAAUUUUCCUGAUAAUUCUAAUGAAAAGCAUGUCAAAUAUGUAGUGAAUUUAACAAUAUCUGCUAACAAUAACAUGAAAAAUGCCAGUGAAAAUAACACUUUGUACGUGGUUUCAUUGUCUUUACCUUCAAAUAAUAUUGAUUUACCAUUAAAUAAAAUUGUACCUCAACCACCUGAGAGUAAUGUUACACCUACUCCUGUAACACCUAACUCAGUAACACCCUCUUCUAAAGUUUAUGGACAUUAUUCAGGUGGUGUUUGCGAGUGCUCAUGUCCUUGUUUAGAAAAUCCAAAGAAAGAUGCUGAAUCAUUGUUGAAUGAAAUUCCAGGUAUUUACUCAAAUGAAUCAUCUGAUGAAGACUAUGCUAUUUACAAUGAAGAAGCAACAGAAAAACGACUAACCGAAUCUCAGGAAAAAAUAUCAGCUUUUGCAAAUACGACUUCAUCAUUGUUUAGUAAUGAAACUGACCAAGAAAAUUAUUCUUUCUCUAGCAUUCAAAAUGUAACGGAAUAUUACACUUCUACUGAAAAUCUAAAUACAGUUAUUUCUAAUGAAAAUACUUCUGAUUAUUAUGUUAGUUCAGAGUCAUAUGAUAUGACAACUUCUGAAGAAUCAAUAAUUUCAACCACUAUUCAACCUUUUACUAAAACCCAAACAGAAGAAGCAGAAUCUAUAGAUGUAUCCACCGAACUUGUAAGUGAAGGAAGCGAAAAAUACCCAUAUGAAACAUCUAUCGCUACCACUUCAGGCACUGAUAGUGCAUGCUUAGAUGUUAGCCAAGCACCCCCAGUGAUUUUAUUUUUUGAAGGUGGAAAAACAUUUCCAGCAAGAUCAUUUCCUCCAGAUGGUACGACUUUUGCUCAGGUUACCCUAGGACAAAAAUUGACCAAAGAAAUUCCUCCUUAUGGCUAUUGGAACAUGCAAUUCUAUCAGUCUGAUGCUGCAUAUGUCAAAUUUGAUUACAAUAUUCCUAGAGGAGCUAGUAUUGCAGUAUAUGGUAGACGAAAUGCAUUACCCACUCACACCCAAUAUCAUAUACUUGAAGUAUUGAGUGGGUUUAAAGCAAGAACUACUAGAGCAUCUCAGUCAACUGUGAAGAAAGAAGUUACUCAUUAUUUGGAGCCUGGUCAUUGGUUUUUGUCAUUGUACAAUGAUGAUGGCGAUCCUCAAGAAGUCACUUUUAUUGCUGCGAUCUCAGAAGACAUGACACAAAGUUGUCCUAGUGGCUGCAAUGGUAAAGGACAAUGCUUAAUUGGUCAUUGCCAGUGUAACCCUGGUUUCGGUGGUGAAGAUUGUAGUGAAAGUGUAUGCCCAGUAUUAUGUAGCCAAAGAGGAGAGUACAUAAAUGGCGAAUGUCAAUGUAAUCCUGGCUGGAAGGGAAAAGAAUGUAGUUUACGGCAUGAUGAAUGUGAAGUACCAGACUGUAAUGGACAUGGCCAAUGUACCAAUGGAAAAUGUGUCUGUGCUAGAGGUUUUAAAGGAAAAUUUUGUGAAGAAGUGGACUGUCCACAUCCUACUUGCACUGGACAUGGAUUUUGUGCUGAUGGAAUUUGCUUAUGCAAGAAAGGCUGGAAAGGUGCAGAUUGUAGUGAAACUGACAAUGAAGCUCUUCAAUGCCUUCCAGAUUGCUCUGGUCACGGCAAAUUUGAUGUUGAAACACAAACCUGUAUCUGCGAGCCUAUGUGGUCAGGCGAGGACUGCUCCAGAGAGCUAUGUGACUUGGACUGUGGGAUUCAUGGACAUUGUGUUGGUGAUGCUUGUGUGUGCAUGUCAGGAUGGGCUGGAGAAUAUUGUAACAUGAAACAAUGUGAUGCAAGGUGUAAUGACCAUGGACAGUGUAAAAAUGGAACAUGCUUGUGUGUCGCUGGUUGGAAUGGAAAACACUGUACACUGGAAGGUUGCCCACAUAGUUGCUCUGGCCAUGGUCAAUGUGCAGUAAAUGCUGAUGGUUUAUGGGAGUGCCGUUGCUCAGGAGGUUGGGAUGGUGUUGAUUGCAGUGUUUUAUUGGAGCAGAAUUGUGAUGAUGGAAGAGAUAAUGAUAAAGAUGGUUUAGUUGAUUGUGAAGAUCCUGAAUGCUGCACUAUUCCUCAUUCUCCAUGUCGAAUCAGUCAGCUCUGUGUUUCAGCACCAAAGCCUAUUGAUACCCUUAUGAGGAAACAAUCACCAGCUAUCACAGCUUCUUUCUUUGAACGAAUGAAAUUUCUCAUUGAAGAAGGAAGUUCACAGAACUAUGCUCGACAAGAAUCAUUCAAUGAAAGCCGAGCAGGAGUUGUACGAGGAAGAGUUGUAACUUCAAUUGGCAGAGGUUUAAUGGGAGUAAGAGUAAGCACGUCAACACCAAUGGAAGGUUUUACACUAACAAGAGAAGAUGGUUGGUUUGAUUUAUUAGUUAAUGGUGGAGGUGCCAUUACUCUUCAGUUCGGAAGAAGCCCAUUUAGGCUUCAGAGUUACAUCGUAAACGUUCCUUGGAAUGAAGUUGUUAUCAUUGACACUAUCACAAUGUGGGCAGUGGAAGACCAUCCUCUUCCUUAUUAUCCUUUUCCUUGUACAGAUCAUGAUUAUGAUGUGAUGAAACCAGUUGUAUUGGCUACAUGGAAACAUGGCUUCCAAGGAUCUUGUCCUGACAAAAGUGCCAUAUUAGUAGAAUCACAGGUUGUACAAGAAAGCUUUCAAAUUCCUGGGACUGGUUUGAAUUUGGUUUACCACAGUUCUAGAGCAGCAGGGUAUUUAUCUACUAUACAACUUCAGUUAACUCCAGAUGUUAUUCCUCCAUCACUUAAACUAAUCCAUUUGAGAAUAACAAUUGAAGGUAUAUUGUUUGAGAAAACUUUUGAAGCUGAUCCUGGUAUAAAAUAUACUUAUGCCUGGAAUCGACUUAAUGUUUACAGGCAACGUGUUUAUGGCAUCACUACAGCAUUAGUGAAGGUUGGCUAUGAAUAUAAGAACUGUAGAAAUAUAAUUUGGGAUGUACAAACUACAAAACUAAGUGGACAUGAUAUGAGUAUAUCUGAAGUUGGAGGAUGGAAUUUAGAUAUUCAUCACAGAUACAAUUUUCAUGAAGGAAUUCUCCAAAAGGGAGAUGGAACUAACAUAUACUUAAAACACAAACCCAGGGUUGUUAAAACAACAUUAGGUGAUGGGCAUCAAAGGCCUCUUGACUGCUCAGAUUGUGAUGGGACUGCAGGAACUAAGCAAAGACUUUUAGCACCAGUGGCCUUAGCUGCAGCUUCAGAUGGUUCUAUUUAUGUAGGAGAUUUUAAUCUUGUCAGAAGAAUAAUGAUAGAUGGAACAGUGAGAACUGUAGUCAGAUUGAAUGUCACUAGAGUUGCAUAUCGUUAUCAUAUUGCUGUAAGCCCAUUAGAUGGAUCAUUGUACAUUUCUGACCCAGAAUCACAUCAAAUAUUGAGAGCGAGAAACCCUGAUGAUUUCUCUGAUCCUGAGCAUAAUUGGGAAACGGUUGUAGGCUCUGGAGAAAGAUGUCUACCUGGUGAUGAAGCUCAUUGUGGAGAUGUAGGUCUUGCGAGGGAUGCUAAAUUAGCUUAUCCAAAAGGAGUUGCUGUCUCUGCAGAUAAUGUUUUAUAUUUUGCUGAUGGCACUAACAUUAGAAUGGUAGACAGGGAUGGUAUCGUCACUACUGUAAUUGGAAAUCAUGUCCAUAAAAGCCAUUGGAAGCCUAUUCCUUGUGAAGGAACUUUGUCAGUAGAAGAGGUACAUUUAAGAUGGCCUACUGAUUUAGCUAUCAACCCAUUGGACAAUUCCCUACAUAUUGUAGAUGAUCAUAUGGUAUUAAAAUUGACUGCAGACUAUAGAGUCAAAGUUGUUGCUGGGAGGCCAUUGCACUGCCAGGCUCGUGGUUUGGACAAUGAACUAGCUACACAAGCAACACUAGUCAUGCCACAAAGCAUUGCAUUUUCUUCUUCAGGAGAUUUGUACAUAGCUGAAAGUGAUUCUCAGAGAAUAAAUAGAGUGAGAUUAGUAGGGACUGAUGGAAGAAUAACUCAUUAUGCUGGUGCUGAAUCAAGGUGUAACUGCUUAGACCGUGGUUGUGACUGCUUUGAGCAGGACCACUUUUUAGCUUCUACAUCAAAAUUUAAUACAAUAUCCUCAGUUGUAGUUACACCUGAUGGUAUUCUUCAUAUUGCUGACCAAGCUAACUACAGGAUUCGUUCAGUAGUUGCUAGUAUUCCUGAAGCUAAUCCCUCACGGGAAUAUGAAGUUUACUCUCCUGAAACUCAGGAACUCUAUGUGUUUAAUAGAUUUGGACAACAUAUAGCUACAAAAAAUAUCUUGACUGGUGAAACAAGUUACAUUUUCACAUACAAUGUCAAUACCAGCAAUGGUAAAUUAAGCACUGUGACUGAUACAGCCGGAAAUAAAGUUUUCCUUCUUAGAGACUACACAAGUCAGGUUAAUUCUAUUGAAAAUACGAAAGGACAAAAGUGUCGCUUAAGAAUGUCACGGAUUAGAUUACUCAGUGAAUUGAAUACACCAGAUAAUUAUAACGUUUCUUUGGACUACCAUGGGCCUACUGGCCUCUUACGCAGUAAACUUGAUUCAGCUGGCCGCUCAUAUGUUUAUUCUUAUGAUGAAUUUGGAAGACUUACUACAGCUGUUACACCAACUGGAAAAGUUAUAAAGCUCUCAUUUGAUCUUAAUCAAAAAGGGGCUAUGGUUCAAGUCUCCCACGAUGACCAACAGCCAACAACAAUGGUGAUCAGGGGGGCUUCUGUUGUAACCAAAUUAGGAGAAGCUCAAGAAAGAACUGAGGUUUUCAAUGAUGGCAGUGUUUCAACAGUUUUACCAUGGUGGCAGCUAGUUGCUACUGAAACUGUGGCUUACCCUCUAUUGAGUGAAAUAGAUCCUGUAUUAGGAGAAAGUUACCCAGUUCCUGCCAAGCAAAUAAUUAAAGUUGGAAGUGAUGUAGCUAAUAGAUUUGAAUGGAGAUAUUUUAUCAGAAGACCACCUGGUACUAAGUCACGGAUGCCUGGAAAAGGUGUUGUUCAAGUAGGAAGGAGGCUGAGGGUGAAUGGAGAGAAUGUUUUAACUCUUGAAUAUGACAGAGCCACAACUACUGUAGCAGUAUUUUUUGAUGAUAGAUUAGAAUUGAUCAAUGUGACUUAUGAUAGAACUGCAAGACCAGUCAAAUGGGGCCCAAGAAAUGGUAUUUUUGCUGGAGUUGAACUGGAAUAUGACAGAUUCAGUCGCCUUAGCACUUGGAGAUGGGGAGAUUUGAAUGAAAGUUAUAUCUUUGAUCGUGCUGGAAGGUUAUCUCAAAUUCGAUAUGCAGAUGGAACAUCUACUUUAUAUGCUUUCAAGGAUAUGUUUAGUAACUUGCCAUUGAAAGUUACUACACCCCGAGGAAGUGAUUAUUUACUUCAAUAUGAUGAAGCUGGAGCUCUUCAGUCAUUAACAACUCCUAGGGGACAUAUUCAUGCAUUUUCACUUCAGACAUCUUUAGGUUUCUUUAAGUAUCAGUAUUAUUCUCCUAUGAAUAGGCAUCCAUUUGAAUUAAGAUAUAAUGAUGAGGGUCAAAUUUUGGCAAAAUUAUAUCCUCAUCAAUCAGGUCGAGUUGCAUAUGUUUAUGAUCAAUCAGGAAAACUUGACACUGUUCUAGCAGGACUUUCUUCUAUCCAUUACACAUAUCAAGAAAAUGCCAAUUUAGUAAAAAAUAUUGACAUAAUUGAACCAAGUUUUGAGUUGAAACAUGAGUUCCGACAUCAUAUUGGACUACUAAAAGAUGAAAAGUUGAAAUUUGGAAGUAAAAGUGGAUUGCAUAACACAAACUACCGGUAUGAGUAUGAUGGAAAUGCCCGUGUAUCAGGUGUUGAAGUAAAUAUUGAUGGAAAGGAAUUACCACAGCUGAAAGUUAAGUAUUCACAAAAUCUUGGUGUUUUGGAAGGAGUAAGUGACCUUCGAAUUUAUCGUAACAGCUUCAAUAGAUCAGUAGUACAAGAUGUCGGAAAGCAAUUCUUUACAAUAACGGAAUAUGACACUCAUGCCAGGAUAAAAACAGUAUUAGUCAACAUAAAAGCAAUUGAUGUAUACAGAAUGGAGCUGGAAUAUGAUGUCAGAGGUAGAAUAAAAUCGAUUAAAAUCACCAUUAGUCGCAAUUCAUCAACCAAACAUAUCACCUAUAGUGCUGAUGGUCAUUUACUAGAAGUAACUGGAGGAAGUGAUUGGAAAUUUGUUUAUGAUGAAAAUGGCAAUAUAAUUAGCAUUAUGGAAGGAGGACAAAAAUUAAGCUUAGGCUAUGACAUUGGUGACCGUGUCGUUCAGGUUGGAGAUGUUGAACUCAAUGGAUAUGAUGCUCGAGGUUUUGUAGUUCGUCGUGGUGAAACCAAAUUACGUUACAAUGAACUUGGUCAGUUGAGCAGUGCUACUGAAAAAGAAAGUUUUACAGCAUGGUAUAGGUACGAUGACCGUGGAAGAUUGAUAGCAAUUCAAGAUGCAAGAGGAAAUACUACUCAGCUUUUGUAUGCUGAUCCAACAAGGCCACAUUUAGUUACCCACCUUCAUUAUCCUCGAAGUGGUGGCACAUUUAGAUAUCUAUAUGAUGAUAGGGGAAUAUUAAUAGCUCUGGAGACUACAGAACAGAGAUUUUAUGUUGCAUCAGAUCAGAAUGGUUCUCCUCUUGUUCUAUUUGAUACAAAUGGAAAUAUUAUAAAAGAAAUUCAAAGGACUCCUUUUGGUAAAACCAUAAGAGAUUCUAACCCCGACUUUUUACUUGUUGUUGAUUAUCAAGGUGGAAUUCCAGACCCUCAUACCGGUCUGUUAUACCUUCGUAAAAGAUGGUAUGAUCCUUUUGUUGGUCAAUGGAUCACACCUGAUUGGGAAAGAUUAGCAAAUCAGCUGACAGCUCCAACAGAUAUAUUUAUUUAUAGGUUCCAAAAUAAUGAUCCUAUUAAUCCUCUGAGUAGACAAUCGAUUGAUUACAUGACAGAUUUGGGUAGCUGGCUGAAACUGUAUGGUUAUGACAUCAAUAAUAUAUUAGGAUCUGUUUACCUUAAAAAGAUGGUCUACCGACCUGCUGCUAAAGUAACUUCUCCUCAGUUAGCGCCAGAUUUUGGAGUAAUGUCAGGCUUACAGUGCAUCAUUGAUAAGAUAUCUGACAAGUUUGUUACUCUUGGCUUUGUACCACAACCUUUAUUAAAAACUGAAGCACGUACAAGGAAUUUACUGCCUCGUGUAGCAUAUAGAAGAUCAGUGUUUGGAGAAGGUCUUCUAAUAUCACGUGUGAAUGGAAGAGCUUUGAUAUCUGUAGUUGGAGGAGUUAAUAGUGUAGUACAAGAUGUUGUUACUUCAGUUUUUAAUAAUUCUCAUUUUCUUGAUUUACAUUUCACCCUCCAUGAUCAAGAUAUGUUUUAUUUUGUAAAGGAUAAUGCACUAAAAUUAAGGGAUGAUCUAGAUGAAUUAAGAAGAUUAGGAGGAAUGUUUAAUGUAUCAACUCAUGAAACAGCAGAUGGAAAAGAAUUGAGAUUACAUAGUAUUGAUGCUGUAGUAUCAAUUAGAUAUGGUGCUGAUCCAAUCCAAGAAAGACAUCGUCUUUUGAAACAUGCUCAUAAGCGGGCUGUAGAACGUGCUUGGGAAAUUGAAAAAUCUUUAGUUUCUUCUGGUCUGUCAGGAAGAGGUGAAUGGACUGAGGAAGAAAGAGAAGAACUGUUACUUCGAGGCAGGGUUGAUGGCUAUGAUGGUAUCGAUAUUCAUAGUAUCCAGCGCUACCCACAGCUUGCUGAUGAUCCUGGAAAUGUUGCAUUCAGAAAAGAUGCUAAACAUAAAAGAAAAAGGCGGACACAUCCACAUGUUUCCAUUUAAUUGUCUUGAAUAGGACUGUAAAUACUGUGAUAAAACAACCUUGUGUUCUAUUCAACUAUCAUUGCAAUCAAUUCGCUUAUUUUUAUAAAUUUUUUUUUGUAUAUAAAUAUAAAUAUGAAUAUAUACAUAUAUAUAUAAAUAUAUAUUAUUGUAUUGCUAAACUUCCAUUUAUAAAUAUAAAUUAAGAAGGAUGUUUAAAUGACUUUUAUAUAAGUAUGUAUACAUUGAAUUGUAUAAAUAUUUAUAUAAACUUGUAUGCAUGUGUUUGUGUAUCUGAUAUAAGAAAUCUCAUAUAAUAAUAUGAGAUUUUUUUUUAAAUAAUGUUUUUAUAUGUUUUAUUUAUCUGUUCUGAACAGAAUCCUUGAUUUAUUUAGUUUAUUUUUAUAAUUAUUCUGAGGAUCAAGGAAUGUUAAAUUUAUACUGUUUUUUUUUUUUUAAGUCUACCCAAACAUCUGUACCUAUUGAUUGCAAUUUGAUAUAUAUAUAUCUAUUUUUUUUUUUUUUUUUUGGAAUUAUAAUUUUAUACUGUGUUUUAUAAAUGCAAGGUGUAUUAACACUUUUGUACAGAGAGGAAAAGAAUAUUGUGCUGUGAAAUGUGGAGAGGAACUUAUAGAAGUAUUUGAAGUACCCUUAACAUAUUGUAAAUAUUUUUGAAUGCGAAAGGACAAUUUUGUUCGUCUUUUAUAUGUAAUAAAAUUAGAGAUUUAAUGUGCAAUGUACUUACACUUGCUCAGGCAUCUAAAAACUUAAUCAUUUCUUCAAGGGUUCAUAAAUUGCACAGAUGAAUUGCUGAUACUUGUGUUCUUCUGAACUAUACAUCUGUAAAGGUAAAGGUAUACAGUAAUAUAACUUAAUAGACAUUUUCCCAAUAAUAGAGUGUAAAAUAAGUUAUUAAGUAUUAACUAUUUAUAUAGGGUGCACAACUAGGAGUCCAUAUUUGAAAGAAGUUGCUUUGAAUGUCAAAUGAUAUUUUCUGCUUACAGCCCUUUAUUUGGAUAAAGUUAUUACUUAUGAUUAUUUAUUAAACAUAUUUUACCAGGAGAGAAUGUUAGAUUUAGUUUUUUUUUUUUUUUCAAAAUGUAAGGUAUUUCAGCUUUCCUUAUCCAUGACUUAUACCAUUGUUUCUAUUGAGUUACCAAGCCUCAGCGGAUAACCUGAUGUUAGUUCUUAAGUUAACACCUAUUCCUUUGAUGACUAUAUUAAUGUAGUGUUAUUUUGAUGAAGAUACCACCUUAUCUGUCACCAUUUUACGGCCUACAUGAAACUUAUAGGAUCCCUAGAUUAAUUCUAUGCGUAGUAUUUGAUUAACUAAUAUGUGCCAUAACAGGGUAGUCCAACAAUUUUGGUAGCAAUCACAAUGUUUCUGUAUUGUCCACUGAUAGCCUUCCUUGUUUAUAUUAGUUGGAGGUAAAUUCUGUGUACAAUAAAUUAGAUUUUAUCAUGUACAUCAAGUUGAAAAAAAAACAACAAAAAACAAAAAUAAAAAAAAAUAAGUUGUGACAAUUACGUUAUAAUUUAAAAUUUUAGAGUAACAGACCAGAUUAGAGUGUUAAAGAUAAUCUAUACAUUUAUUUGAUUUCUGUACAUAAAUUAAAUAGCUGUUUCAUUGGUAUAAGAUUGUUGAUUAGAUAAAAUAUCCCUCCUUGACUUAUUAUAAUGUUGUAACAAUGAAUAAAAGAUUGAGUAUGUGUUGUUUCUUAGCAUGCUGAUAAAUGUUAAAAUGUAACUUUAUGUUUAGCAUUGUUUAGAACAAAGAAAAAUGGCAUAUAGCAUUUACGAACAAGAAAUUCUCAAUAAAUGUGAAUAUAUAGGUUUAUUUUAGUUGAUUAUGGUAUUUCCCAAUUGUGCAUUAUGUACAUGCUUGUUUGAAAUUGUUAAGUAACACAUAGGUGUAAUACUUAAAUUUUUAACUGUAAAAAGCAAUACUAAAAUUAAAUACAAUUCUAUCAGGUGACUUAUAUUAGUUUUUAAAACUUUGUGUUUUAUUUACCUGAUUGAAUAUAGAUUAUAUUUUAUUAUCUCUGUUAUAAUUUAAAUUAUUAGAUAUUCAUCAAUUAAAAUUUGUAUGGUUUAAAUAAGCAGAACCAUCAAUUUUUGUAUUUUAAAUGAAGAUAGAAUUUUUGUAUAGGUAUUUUAAGUAUGUACAUAAUGAUAAUUUUUAUGCAUAGAUUUUCAAUAUGUGAAUUGUAUGAAUGCAUUGUACAUUUUCAACCAAAUAUUUAGAAUACUUAAUAAAGAAAAAUACCCAUAUGUUCCUUUCAUUGAUAGUAU